GAAUGCAAGAAGGCCGUCAACAAUAUCCAGAAGAGGGAGGCCACGAAGACCGGCAAGAAAGGUGAUCGGUGGACACAAUGGCAGGAAGUCAAGAGAACUGGCGGCGCCACACUGAAUUCCAUCAUCAUGAGCUAUCGCGCCGAGUGCGCAGAGAGCAAGGGUCCUGGCAAACAACGCGGCUCCUUUGACUUCGCCCACCACUACGAAGAGCUGAAGUCCUCUGCAAGCGUCAAGACAGGCGACAGGUUGGUUUACAUGCCGCUCACCAAAUGGUUCAAGGUUGCCCAAGAGGAUCAAGGCCUGGACUGCAAGGAGGCAAAGAAAAUGUUGGAUCAGAAGAAGAAGACCCUCCCGCAGAACAGAUGGAAGAGAAACAUCAAUAAAGUCCUGCUUCUUCCCAUGCCUGCAGAGAGCUACAUCGUGGGUGAAAACUGCCAGUCUCAUGAGAAAGGGAUGCGUCUUCAAGGGAAGUCCGAAAAAAAGCCGACUGCGCAGAAGUUGGAAGGCAUGGAGAAGCUCGUCAGCGGCGGCCACUUCGGCUUCGGUGACCGUGCCUUUAAGCAAGUUGGCGGAGGUGAUCUUGCGGCGAACGCCCAAGCAGGGCUGUCAAUCAAUUUCGCUCCCGAUGGUGACUCCGUGUUUGGCAGUGGCAAGAACUUCCGCGACGCACCGAUGGCAGAGGCCACUGAGCUGAAGGGCAUCCACUCCACCAAGAAAAAAAGGGCCUCCUCCGCGGCAGAUGACUUGUUGCAGAAGAGCAGCGAGAAGGGGCCAAAGCCAGACGUUGACCCGGCUGCCGAUGACAAGGGCAGGAAGCGCAGGAAAGCAGGAUAUGACAUCGUCUCCAACCAGAACAAGAUGCUGCAGAAGAUCAAAAGCGACCUUGCCGAUGCCUUCACAACCGGCAUCAGGAAGGCCAUUGAGGAGUGCGAGAAGAGUUUGCAGGAGUACCAGGACAAGUACAGCCAGAGCCCGGGUGCCUCCUUCUUUGAUGGCUAUGUCAAGAUCGUCCUUGCCCGCAAGAGCCUUGCAAGUGCUGUGUUGAGCGUUGCGUCUGAUGGUCAACUUGCUUUGGCAACUUUGGUGGAGAAGCAGGUGAAGGACAAGCUUCUCUCCGCUGAAGAUGCUCUCACGACUCAUCUCCUGACUGUGGCAGUUGAGCAGAUGCGGACUAAAGCAGACGAGGCCAAGGAUGAGGACGGCAUCAAAAUGGUGGUCAAGGACUUGAAGAAUUGCGUGGCCAACUUCAAACGCUUGACUACAUCUGUGAUUCGUGCAGCCUCCGACCUCCAGAAGGCAAUCGUGCAGAAGAACAAGAAGGCAGAGGCUGACGUUGCCAAGAAGCGGAAGCAGGAGGAAGCCCAGAAGAAGAAAGACGUGAAGGAGAUGCAAAAGAGAGUCAAGCAAGGGCACAACGUAGAUGCUCUUCCUGGUCUCUGGGUUGAGGGUCCUUUGACUAAGUCCUUGUGCUCCCCCAUUCCCACCUUUGACGAUCUUGCAGCGGCGAAGAAGCAGUUCAAGGCCGGUGGAUGUUUGGAGAACGGAGAGCCAUACCUCCUCACUGCCAAGGGCGUUGAGACCGUUAAAGCAGAGCUGGGGAAGGACACCAUCAAAGGCUUCAUGCAGAUCUUCGAGACGCAGUUCCCUUUGAGCAAGCAGGCCAGGGAGAGAGGCCGCGUGCAAUCUGCCAUGAAGAUUGAUGGGGCCUGCAAACUCAAGGAAGCUUUGCUGUCCUUUGUCUCGGAUAAGCGCUCAGGCUUCAAGGCUGAAGGCCCCAAUGCCGAUAUGGAGCAGAUCAGCGCCUACGGCUUCACUGCUGCAAUGAAGUACUCAGGAGCUGAGCUGUUGGGGAUGAGCGCCAUCCGGUAUGCAGUGAAAGGUGAUCGGGAAAUUGUCCUUUGCAACGCCGCUACGUUGUGGCCCCUGAUCCGUGACAGCAACAGCGAGGAGGCGGCUCAGCUUUCUGCGGAGAAGGUUUUGACGUCCUUUUUGGGGGACAAGCUCAUGAGCGCUUCUCUCGAGGAUCCAUGGGCGACGACCUGCGGCAACAAAGAGGACGGCAAGAUCAUGUGGCGUGGUGUCGUGCCAGAGGGGUCCAUCUUUGUCGUGCCAGCCGGGGUCAUUCUGAUGGAGAGAUCGCUCAACAACAAGAUUUGCAUGGGCCUGAGGCUUUCUUUGGUUGACAAGUCCCAGUUCUCCAUUAAGAACCUCCAGACCUUGCUGGGCGUGCACUCCACCUAUGCCGAGAGUUCUGACAAGCUC